AUGGUCAAAGUCCUCAUCAAUGGCACCGUCAUCGCCGAGAGUGACAAGACGACGACGGCCGAUGGUAACCAUGUCAGUGUGGGGCGUUAUUGCUGACCAAGCAUCGGUAGGCGUUGCGGAGCCAAACUGACCACUUGAAACCGAUUUAUUGACCUUUGGACUUUACUCUCAACAGUACUUGUGAGUUCCCACAGGCUUCGAAGCGCUUCACAACCCUGCUACCGGAAGAAUUGAUGUGGGGCUCCAUACUCAUCUGAGCCCGAUCUUUCCAACCGUCAUAUCACAGCCCUCGCGAGGCGCUCAAGCAAGAGUACUUCAAGCCCUCCGCAAAGAGUCUACACACCACUUGUCCUUGGAAGGGUGAGGCGUCGUAUUGGGACAUAGACGUCGGUGAUGGCAAGGUCUUGAGCGAUGCGGCGUGGUACUACCCCAAGGCCAUCACCGACCGUGCCAAGGAUUUAGAGGGUCGUACGGCGUUCUACAAGAACAAGGUGCAGAUUGUCGAGUAA